GCCAGCUACGACCCCGGCGCUGCCAAAACCAUCCUGAACAACGGGCGCACCUGCAGAGUUGUCUUUGAUGACAGUUUUGAUAGAUCAGCUACAUAUGGUCCACUGGAAUCCAAAACAUGGUAAUUUUGCAGGAGCUUUGAAACAACCUGAUGGUGUGGCUGUUGUAGGCAUUUUUCUGAAAGUUGGAACAACUCCCAAACCAGAGAUGAAGAGAAUACUUGAAGAAAUUGAUAACAUUAAGACCAAGGGGAAAGAGGCUCCUUUUCAGCACUUCGAUCCAUCAAUUCUUUUUCCCAAAUCUCGGGACUACUGGACGUACCACGGCUCAUUCACUACCCCUCCUUGUGAAGAGUGCAUCACCUGGAUUCUCUUGAGGGAGCCCAUUGAAGUCAGUCCAGACCAGAUGGCAAGGUUACGGAGCCUUUCCAAGAAUCCUGAGAAUGAACCCAUGAUCCCCCUGGUUGAUAACUGGCGCCCACCUCAGCCUGUGAAGGGCAGAGUGGUAAAAGCCUCAUUCAAAUAAAGCUCCCACUGAACCUGAGUGAGAAAAUCUCUGCAUCCCAAAGCAUAGUCAGCUUUUGCCUUCUACUGCUUUUCCUCUGGAUCCAGAUCUGUGUUUCCGAGCCUGAAAUCUGAGUGGUGAAACAUGACAGAUAGCUGAAUUUAAACCAGAAAAAAAAUAUACUGCAUACAAGUACUAACCUUAACAUGGAAA